UUGAAUGAAGGUAAAUAACGCGAGAACAUCCUUGUACUACGCCUAUCCCAUCAUCCAAUCUUUCUUUCUUUCCUGCAAACAUGGCCACUGGUGAUCAUCAGAUUGAGCGUGCUUUUCAAAAGCAGCCUACAGUUUUCUUAAAUAAAAAGGCAUACGUUCAAGGCAAGUCAAAAAAGGCUUUGAGAUAUGUAAGAAAUGUUGGCUUGGGAUUUAAAACACCCAGAGAGGCCAUCGAUGGCACUUACAUUGACAAGAAAUGUCCCUUUACUGGAAAUGUGAGCAUCCGUGGUAGAAUUCUGACAGGUCGAGUCUUAAAGAUGAAAAUGAUGCGGACAAUUGUCAUCAGAAGAGAAUAUCUGCAUUAUGUUCGGAAAUACAACAGAUUUGAAAAGAAACACAAGAACCUUAGUGUGCACUUGUCACCUUGCUUUAGAGAUGUAGAGAUUGGAGACAUUGUGACUGUUGGGGAAUGCAGACCACUAUCAAAGACUGUCAAGUACAAUGUUAUUAAAGUCACCAAGGCUUCUGGCAAAAAAAAAGGAUUUAGCAAGGCUUGAAUCUGAUGAAAAGAUGACUCAAUAAAGUUUUAUGUAAAUUACA